AUCUACAGUCGUAAAGGUCCUGACGGGAGACAGACAGCGGGGAUCGAUAACAAACCGGACACGGUGUAAAUUCAUGACUGAAUUAAGAAGCAACGAGCUGGCUUCUUUUCUUUCAUAAGCCAGUACCACAGGCAAGAAAAUCAAGACAACACCGGAACCAUGGAAAGAAAAAGUAUACCUGUUAAGCGCAUCCUCCACAAGCCCCAGAUAGUCCGUGGUCUGGGAAGCAACCUUCACACAGACGUGAAUGCCAAUCAGUCCCGGGCCGGAGGGUCGCUCCUGAACAAAGUGCAGCGCAGCAGGCACAAGAAUCUCUACGACAUCAACCAUCAAAUCAGGGCCAAGCCUGAUUUGAACACAACACUACCAGUUCGACAGACGGCCUCCAUCUUCAAACAGCCAGUGACCAAGGUAACAAAUCACCCCAACAACAAGGUGAAGACAGACCCGCAGAAGGCUGUGGACCAACCCAAACAAUUGUUCUGGGAGAGGAAGCUGAACGGGUUAAAUGCCUUUGAUAUUGCAGAGGAACUGGUGAAAACUAUGGAUCUUCCCAAAGGUUUACAGGGUGUGGGGCCUGCCUGUUCAGAUAAGACAUUGCUCUCCUCCAUUGCCAGUGCACUGCACACCAGCCCUGCACCUGUCACCGGACAGCUCACCGCUGCAGUGGAGAAAAAUCCUGGAGUCUGGCUCAACACAUCGCAGCCUCUGUGCAAAGCCUUUGUAGUGACUGAUGAUGACAUCAGGAAGCAGGAGGACCUGGUGCAGAAUGUGAGGAGGCGGCUGGAGGAAGCCCUAAUGGCCGACAUGUUGGCUCAUAUAGAGGACACCACUGCAGACGCAGCAGCCAGCAAAGUAGAAGAGAAGGUUGAGCAGGUGGGCAAGGAGGAAUUAUAGCCAAGGUUUGUUUGACAUGAAGUUUACUGGUAAACUUAUUUCAUUUUCAAAUAAUUGGCUCCAUGAAGAUUUUUUUAUACACUUGUAACUGAAAUAUACCCUAAAUGCAGAUGUUCUACAGAUUUUUGUUAACCUAAACAAAGAGUGUUUUCUUUAUCUUUAUUCUAUUCUUUACAUGUUACCAUGUAAUCCUGAAAGGGUGCUUUGAGUGUAAGUUUUCAUUUUCAUUUUUUUUUUUACCUCUACUAAUGUCUGACAGUUGUGUAUGGUGCUCUAUCUAAUACAGUGUUACACACAGUUAACAGCUAUUCAAGCUCAAAGUUAAAAACACAAAUCUGAUGUAUGUGAAUGAAAAGUGGUGUGUAUGUGUGUGUGUGCGCGCGCGUGUGCGUGCAUGUGAGUGAGUGAUAUAACGUAUCUGUUCAACCCUGGAGUGUGUUUUCUUUUUAACUGAUCAGCAAGAACAUGUUGCUCUUUUCUAUAUGAACACGGGCACUGUAGGCAGUGUUGUGUAGGUUGCUGUAUGUUUACAUGCACACAGCACUCCUGUGGCUGUGAAUAAUCACAUUUAGCUUGUUUGACUCAAUUUUUUUACAGUUCAACUGUUUCUCAAAAUAACCUGAGUUUACAUAGUUUUUAAGUCUUUAUUUGUAUUGACAGAAGAAUUAUCAGUAUUGUUUUGCCAACUACAUUUGAAUUUAGACAGUAAAAGAAAAUGUGUACCCUCAGAAAAAAACAACAAAAAAAAAAAACAAAUACAACACUGAUGUACCUCAUAACCUGAUAUACUGUACCUCAUUACAAGAUUCAUUAUUUGUCACUCUGUCACUGUCAAAUAAAUGCAGCUCUUUUGUUACUGGUGUAA